ACAUGUAGGUUUUAGAGUCAGUGUGGAGUGUAGUGAUUGGUAAUCUUAGCCUAGCCUUUAGUAGCUUGACUGCAAUCUUGUCCCUAGUGUUUGGAGGAGGAACAGCUGUCUUUAAUUUCUUUCUGGAUUUUAUUGUGUUCUCGACAGCUUUGUUUUACUUGCUGUGUGCAAGUGGUACUCUUUACAAGCCUGUAGAAGUGGUUAGCAUGAUACUGCCAUCUGGUGGAGCAGGUAAUAAAGUAGGAGAAGUGGUGGAACAAUCAAUCAAUGGUGUGUUUGCUGCCUCCUUCAAGAUGGCUGCAUUCUAUGGCCUGUAUACUUGGUUAAUACACACCAUUUUUGAUGUCAAUAUAAUUUAUAUUCCUUCUGUUUUAGCUGCCAUAUUUGGUGCUGUCCCAUUUCUCGGUGCUUACUGGGCUUGUCUGCCUGCAGUGUUAGAAUUGUGGUUAGUUAAUGGACAAGUCUUCCGAGCAGGUCUUAUGUUUCUUGGCCAGCUUGUACCUUCAUCUUUUGUCGACAGUACUAUUUACAGUGAAAUUAAGGGUGGUGGCCACCCAUAUCUCACAGGUUUGGCUAUAGCAGGAGGAGUGUUCUGCUUGGGAUUUCGAGGUGCUUUGUUCGGUCCAAUGCUCCUCUGUCUCCUAAUGGUUGCUAUCAACAUGUAUAGUUCAAUGAUGCAAGACACUUCUAGUGCUAGGCUAGUUCGAGGACAUAAUACUCUGCUUAAACGUCUGAGCAUGAUUGAAUAGCAUCUGAAAGCAUGACAGAAACAAAUGUUACUUUUAACCUGAAUAGUUGCAUGUGAGUAAGUCUAAUUUCAUUCAUGAACAGAAAUAUCUGCUAAGAAUUAACAAUACGAGAAGUGAUAGCAAUGUUGCUGCUAUUGUUUUUGUUUUAUAUUG